AUGCCCGAGCUGUCGGUCGAUGUCGUCCUCAAGCAUCAGCAGCCCCUCACCAAGUCCCUUGUCGCCCUUGUCACCCCGCCAGCCCCGUCGGCGACCCACCCCGUCAAGCCCGGCCGCCCGGCUCGAGCCCUCAUCUCCCGCAUCUUCGUCACGCUCCUGCGUCGAGGCGACACCAAGAACCUGUUCGACCUCGCCCAGUCGCUCCUUCGAUGCCUGAACGGCUCCGAGACCAAGGGCGCACCCGAGCGCGAGAAGGAGUGGCGCAUCGGCGCCGCCUACGUCCUCGGCGAGGUCUACGCCGCCUACGGCCAGCAGGUCAUGAGCCUCUACGUCGAGAUCGUCAUGGCCACGACGCGCAUCUUCCGCACCUCGUCGUACCCGGUCAUCCUCCGCCAUGCCGCCCUCGUCUGCCUCCGCAAGGUCAUCUCGGUCGUCGCCCGCUCCAUGUCGGACCAGACGACGCGCGACACGCUCAAGGCCUUGCGCGCCGGCCUCGCCGACAAAGCCGGCGCCAUCGUGCGAGGGUGCGCCGACUGCCUCCUCGCCCUCUCGGCCGCCGAGGGCACCUUCGCGACGCUCGCCGACAUCAAUGACGUCCUCAUGCCCGCCUUUCGCGCCGUCGAGCCGGCCGACUUUGUCACGCGGCGGUCCCUGUCGCGCCUCGUCGCCGGCCUCCUCGCCGCGACCCAGGAGGAGGGCAGCGCCGCGCCCGCUCCCGCACCACCCGCCCGCAAGGGCAAAGACGCGGCGAGCGCUGGCGAGGAGGAGGACGACGGCUACCCGACGAUCGGCGCGCCGCAAGCCGGCACCGACGGCCAGGGCAAGACGCUCCUGUCGCCGCUCGAGAUGCUCGCGCAGCUCUCGGGCGUCUACAACCGCUCGACGUCGUCGCGCAGGCUGCGCAACGCCCUCGUCGACGUCUACGGCGAGCUCCUCAAGACGCUCGGCGGCGGCUGGGUCGAGCAGCACUACCCGGACAUCGUGCGCCACCUCGUCGACGAGCUCGGGUGCGGCGCCGCAGCUGGUCUCGGCUGGAUCGGCUGGAGCGCGCGAGCGGCCGAGCGCAUCGACCCGGCCAAGGCCCGGUACGACGCGCUCGCGGCCCGCAAAGCCGUCGGCAUCCUCCUGCGCGACGUCGUCUCGGCCCAGCUCCUGUCCGAGGCCGGCCAGAUCACGGCCCUGCGCGAGGUGGCGACGCUGUACCUCGCCAAGUGGCCGUCCCUCAUGCCCAACACGCCGGGCCCGACCAAGCAGGCGCUCCUCCUCGCUCUCGAGGAGACGACGAGCCUCCUGCGCAGCCUCGGGUGCGCGCCGUCCGCCGCCCAGGACGUCGUCUACGACCCGCUCGUCCGCCUCGCGGCGCACCCGAGCCACAGCGUGCAGGUCGCCGCAGCGUGGGCGUUGCGCACCCUGUGCAGCGCCGCGCCGAACCGCCUCGCCGGCGCCAUCACGCACGUGACCGACCUCCUCAACAAGGACCUCGCCAUCAUCUCGAGCGGCGGGCCGAGCAACAGCGCCAACGUGCACCGUCGCGCCGUCGGCCACGCCCACGCCCUCGGCGCCCUCAUCAACCUCGUGCCGCACAAGCCGCUCUACGUCUCGUUCGACGCGUCGGCCAAGUGCAUGAGCCUCGCGAUCCAGCUCCUCAAGCAGAGCGGCAACCACGAGCUGCACGUGUCGGGCGUCGAGAUCCAGGUCGCGUGGAUCCUCGUCGGCGCGCUCAUGAGCCUCGGCCCGACCUUUGUCCGCCUGCACCUGCCCCAGCUCCUCCUCCUGUGGCGCAACGCCCUCCCCAAGGCGACGAGCAAGGACGCGAGUGCGGCCCAGGUCCGCGGCGCCAACGAGUGGGCGUUCCUCCUCCACAUCCGCGAGUGCACCCUCGGCGCCAUCCUCAGCUUCCUGCGGCACAACGGUCCCUCGGCGUCCCGCGGCGGCCUCGUCACCGAGGACGUCGCACGUCGACUCGUCCAGCUCCUGUCGAACGGCCUCGCGUUCCAGCAGUCGUUCGCGACGGCGCACCCGUCCCUCGUCCUCGACCAGUCGCCGUCGACCUCGUCUCGCCUCCAGCUCGUCGACCGCGACAUCAUGUACCGCCGCCGCCUCCUCCAGUGUUUCGUCGCGUUCGGCCAGUCGUCGGCGACCCAGCAGCUCCAGAUCCCGCUCCUGCAGCAGGUCGUCCCGCUGUUCUCGGACGUCGAGCGCUACUUCGGCGAGUCGGCGCUGCAGGCGGCGGCGAGCGCCGGAACGUUCACGAGCAUCUGGGACGAGACGGACGGGUUCGCCUACGGCGUCACGAGCCUCGUCAAGGUCGCUGACGGGCUCAACGAGGUCGCAGGCGGCGGCGACACGGGCGCAGCGUCGUCGGCUGCCCUCGCUGCCGGCGGGCAGAAGCUCGCUCGGCUCAAUCGCGACCGAGCCGAGGCGCGUAUCGACGAGCAGCUGCACCGAGCCGUCCUCGGCGCCGGCGAGCACGACUCGCUCGUCCUGUGGUCGCGUCCUGCGGGCGACGCGACGCCGUUCGCGUCGCUCCCCGAGGCGCCGCCGCCCGCCGUCGGCCUUGUCGACGCCGCCCUCGAGCUGUUCGCCCUGUACUUCCCGCUCCAGGAGCCGGCCAACCAGGCGGCGCUCCUGCAGAUCGUCGCCGGCAACCUGCGCUCGUUCCGCCUCGACAAGAACCCCGGCCGCAAGCAGGCCAUCCUCGCCAACGCCGUCACGGCCGUCCUCGGCGCCCUGCGCCUCGCUCGUCGCGCCAUCGACGCGCACCAGGUCGCCAACCCGAUGCGCGAGCUCGUCAAGGAGGCGCUCCUGCACCCGGACGCGGCCUUGCGGCAGGCGGCGGCAGAGUCGCUCGGCCGCCUGUCGAGCCUCGGCGGGACGUCGUUCAUGGCGGGCCAGGUCCAGUUCUGCGUCAACCAGGUCGUCAGCAACACGGACCCGGACAACCGCGCCGGGUGCGCGCUCGCGUUCAGCGAGAUCUACUCGCACGUCGGCAGCCUCGCGGCGGCGCCGGUCCUCAAGACGGUCGUCGACGUUCUCCUGUCGCUCUCGGCCGACCCACAUCCGCUCGUCCACUACCAGGCCCUGCGCUCCCUGUCGACCGUCAUCGACGCCGCGUCGCUGUCGUACGCGCCGUUCAUCAACCUGACGCUCGGCGUCCUGUGCAAGCUCUACAUGCAAGACACGCACGAGCCCGAGGGCGGCACGCCCGGCUCGGUCAACCUGCGCGGCGACCUCCCGGCGUACCAGGCCAUGUGCCGCGUCACCGACGCCCUCAUCGGCGUCCUCGGGCCCGAGCUCCAGGACUCGGAGCGAGUUCGCGAGCUCGUCCUCGUCCUCCUGCGCGAGUUCACGCUCGAGCGCGACGACGGCAUCGCCGUCGAGGCCAUCCGGGCGACGCAGCACUUCCUCAUCUUCGCGCCCGACGCGCUCGACCACGCCGCCCUCGUCGCCAACCUGCGCGCCCAGCUGUCGUCGUCCAAGCAGCCGCUCAAGGUGGCUGCCGUCAACAGCGUGUACCAGCUCGUGCAGCGCGACGCGGCCCUCAUGAGCAAGCUCGGCGGCGACGGCCUCGUGCAAGAGCUCUUUGCGCUCCUCGACGACGACACGACGAUCGAGGGCGUGCGCGACGCCAUCACGUCGUGGCUGCGGCAGACGGCCGACGCCAACCCGUCCGGGUGGAUCGACCUGUGCCAGCGCAUCAUGUCGCGCUCGGCCGGUGUCGCCCAGGCGCAGAAGCAGCGCGUCGACGCUGCAACUGCAGCAGGCGGGCUCGCCGACGAGGAGGCGCAAGGUCUCGGCGUCGACGCCGAGACGGGCGCACGACCCGGCGCCGCGACCGCCCGAGCGACGUCGCGGUGGCGCACGCAGCUCUUUGCGCUCGAGUGCCUGCACGAGGUCUUUGUCACGGUCCUCAAGAGCGGCCGGCGCGAGCACUUUGACGUCGCGAGGGCGAGGGCGGUCCGGGCCAACCGGCGAGGGCUCCUCAUCACCCGAGUGCCCGACCUCAUCAAGAUGGCCUUCACGGCGUCGACGGCGCAGGUCAUGGAGAUCCGCCUCGAGGGCCUCGUCGUGCUCAAGGACGUCAUCGACAACUUUGGCGCCUCGCAAGACGUCGAUUUCGAGGACGCGCUCCUCCUCGAGCAGUACCAGGCGCCCAUCGCGGCGGCCCUCACGCCGGCGUUUGCCGUCGACUCGUACCCCGAGGUGCUCGCGUCGGCCAUCCAGGUGUGCGCCGUCUUUGUCGGGUCGGGCGUCGUCAAGGAGACGAACAAGAUGGGCCGCAUCCUCAAGCUCCUCACGACCGCGCUCGAGAGCUGUCGAGACUCGGACAUGACCUCGCUCGGCGACGUCCAGGACCUGAGCUCGACCGCCGCCAUCAUGCUCAAGACGUCCAUCUUUGCCGCGUGGGCCCAGUUUCAGAGCGCGAGCGUCCGCCAACCCUACCUCGCCGACGUCAUCCGGCCGCACCUGUCGCUCCUCUGCCCGUUCUGGCUCGCGUCCUUGCGCGAGUACGCCCGUGUGCGCACCGGUCCCGAGACGGCCUCGUCGAGCGACUCGAGCGCGGGCGGCGCAGCGUUCGACUCGGUCUACUCGGGCUUGUCGAGGGAGACGGCGCUCCCUUUCUACGAGCGUGCCUGGCCGCAGAUGCUGCACGCCGUCGCGACGCUGCUCAAGACGUCCAACCCGCACCUCCUUCGCGCCAUCGACGGCCUCGACCCGGACGACGAGUCGGCGCCGCUCCCGUCCCCGCACCGAGGCGACCCGGCCCUCUUCUUCUGGGUCCUGUUCGGCCUGUCGUUCGAGGUCCUGUGCUCGUCCGCGUCGGCGGGCGCGACAUCGGCCGCCGCCGUGCAGGCGAUCGCGCUCGAGGCGCUCGUCGGCUUGACCCGCCCGGACGUGGCCGGCGGCGUGCUGCAGGACGUCGCCCUGUUCGACGAGGUCUGCAACCUGUGCCUGCGCCUCGCCAUCACCGAGGGCCCCGAGAUCAAGGCGCGCGUGCUCGAGAUCGUCAUCAGCCUCGCUCGUGGCCUCGUGCGCGACCUGCCCGUCGCCGCCGUCGGCGCCAACGGCGCCGCAGUACCGGCGGACCAGGAGGCGAGAGGCGACGCCAAGCUCAUUCAGUGCCUGCGCGUCGCGACGACGGUCCUGCGCGAGUCGAUCCCUGCAACCACGACCGGCCCCAAGCCAACGUCCGUCAAUGUCGCGCUCCACGUCCAGCAUCUCGUCGCCGCCUUUACCCUGUUCGCCAACCUCGCCGACCUGUGCCCGAGCCCGCUCCGAGACGAGCUCUACGCGGUCGCCCUUUACUCGUACUCGGUCCUCCUCGCCGACGAGAAGACCGAGGUCGACCUCGUCUCGCCGUCGCUCCCGGUCGUCAAGAUCCUUUGCGACCGUGGCCUGUCGGGCAGAGGCAAGUCGUCGACCGUACUGCCCAAGGUCCUCAACGGCCUCAUGAGCGCGUGCAUGCUCAACAUCGACGCUGUCCGUGGCCGCAAGUCGCCUGGCGCCGUCCUUAAGAGCAAGAACAACCUGUUAGCGUCGGUCCUCAUCCUCACCUCGCUGCCGCCGGGCGCCCAGAUCGGCCGCGAGGUCGUCGAGCACGCGUGUUUCCUUACCGGCGAGCUGGCACUCGAGGGCGAAGGCGAGGUGUCGGCGGCCGCGCUCAACUGCCUCGCCUCGCUACUCGUCGCGGCUUCGCGAGCGAACUCGGGCAUCCUCGCCUUCUGCGCGAGCCAACUCGUCCCGGGCGUCAUCGAGCUCGUCGCAGUUGCCGUCGAGCGCAAGUACACGGCCGAGAACCCGCGCGUGAGGGCGACGGACGAGGCGGUCAAGGCGCUGGUCGCCGUCCUCCUGAGCGUCCCGGUCGAGCGCAAGACGCAGUCGCUCUCGGUCGUCCUCGCGACCCUCAUCGUCGCACUCUCGACGCCGCGACCACCGACCCCGCUCCACUCGCUCGCGCUUUCGCACCUCGUCCAGCUCGCGACGACGCACCCGGCACACUUCAAGGAGGCGACGUUGGCGCUGCCCGACGUGCAGCGCAAGGUGCUCGAGGACAGCAUCCGGGCGGCGCUGGGUGGAGGCGGUGCGGGCGCGAGGGGCAGUGCGCCGGUCGACGAGGCGCCGCGGAUCGAGCUCAAGACGUUUGGAUAG